AUGGAGCAACAAAACCAGGCUGCAGGCCAGCCAUCGCAAUCUGCUCGUCAGAACCUCAUGCACCAUCAACCAGCGUCAUCACAGCCGCAGCAGACACAGCAAUCGCAGCCGAUAUAUGACACUCGGAAUGGAGGACACUAUGGCGCAAGCGCAGCGCUCUCUGCACAAGGAUACGCGCCUGUUCCAGAGCUAUAUGCAGGUACAUGGGCAAAUGUCAAUCAAGGCCUCCAGGGCUCUGCGCGUGAUAUCUUGACUACAUACUGGCAACAUACCAUCAACCACCUCGAGUCCGAUAACCACGACUACAAGAUCCACCAACUACCUCUAGCACGCAUCAAGAAAGUAAUGAAAGCCGACCCGGAAGUGAAGAUGAUCUCAGCUGAAGCUCCCAUCCUGUUCGCCAAAGGAUGUGACGUAUUCAUAACCGAACUGACCAUGCGCGCCUGGAUACAUGCCGAAGAUAACAAACGACGUACCUUGCAACGAUCAGAUAUUGCAGCUGCCCUGGCAAAGUCAGAUAUGUUUGAUUUCCUGAUUGAUAUUGUCCCAAGAGAGGAAGCUACUUCUCAUACCAAACGGUCAGCUCCUCCACCAACUAGUGCUGCUCAGGCGCCAGGGCCAGGCCAGAUGCCCCCUCAGCCUCCUGGUAUGCCACAGCAGCAUCCCAUGGGCCCUCCAGAGUACAGUACUAUGCAGCAUCCUCUUGGACAGGAACAGGACUACAGGCAGCCUCCAAUGUACGGUGGUGCAGUACAGUCUGACCCGGCAUACGGGCAUCCCCAACCUCAGAUGUUCGGAGAGAUGUAUGGGUAUUCUCAAUUACCCCCUCAGCAGCCUACCCCCUCAAACUUUCUUUGA